CAUCCAUCAACUCGUUCUGUCACUGUCCUCGACACACUCAAUCGUGGAUUUUUAAGAGCACCCAAUCUCGCUCCACGGCUGCGGUCUGCAGCGGCCACUCUAUUUCCUCGAAGCGAGGCAACGUUGGUUCAAAUAGAUUCAUCAUCGAGUCCUACAGCUUCAACUCUAUUCACUGCCCGUAACCUCCAAUAAUGGCGAAGAAAGUCAAAUCUCGUACCGUCGCUGUGCGGCUCAUCAGCAUGGCAAUGACCGGCUUCUAUCGAACAAUGAUCCGACCUCGCGCGUCCCGACCUUUGAGCAUGAUGAAAUAUGAUCCAGUGGUAAAACGGCAGGUGUUAUUCUUGGAGCAGAAACGUGGUAAAUAAGACACGUAAGGAUCUAUUCGAAAUCAGGAGAGUUGUCCGUCGACAGGAGCUGUGGCAGCGCACAUGAAGAGCUCCAGGAUCGGGCACCGGACGCUUGAGCUGGCGCUGGCGGUUUGCGGUUGGCUGCUACCGCCCAGCGAGGCCGAAGAUGCUCUCCCGCUUCUAAUGGGUAUCGGCUUUGUUCCGCCACCAGCGAGCAGAAGAGGUUCUCUGGACUGAUGGCAACGCCAUAUACCUAGAGGGACACAGUUUGGAUACAACACGUCGGCAGAACCUGCGGAUCGCACGUAUCGCCGCAUGUGUGCGGUCCUGGACUGCAUACAAAGCAAAUAAGGGACGACCGAUCAUUAUCAAUCAAGACCAAAGGGACCGCAUGAUACGGCGUCGACUCGUGUUGUUCCCAAACAACCUUCACAAAGCCAGGUCCAGCAAGUCUUUUCACCAGUGCUAUAACUAGCCUCGGACCGGGAAGAGAGCAGAGGCAAUAUGCAAUUGUGGCACAGCUUUCUUACGGAAGAUCGGCGGAAAUACCAGCGUUGGACAGCCAGACUGCUUGCGGUCGGUACCCGACACUUUCGGCAGUAUCUUGCUUAUCUUACGAUAAUGACAAUUUUAGACCAUCAAACAUCGCGCUCGAACAGAUUUUCCAGGCGCCUCCAGUCCAAAAAUCACAGACUGUUGUUGCCUUUUCUCAUGUCGACCAGGCUGAAUGUUAUGUUACUUAGCUUUUAAGGGACAGAUUUUGCUGCCUCACACUACUUUUCUUUGACUUAUUAUUUGUUGGCUCACCGAUAUCGUGGCCAGCCACGUCUUCUUAUAAUUCGGAUUGUUUUGUACGACGGUAUAUGCAUUAGCGGAUUCUUAAGCGAGACUGACAACCAAUCCUCGGAUCAGCACGUGGAGAGCAUUUGGAACUUUGGUACUCCUCCAAGAAAGAGUGUGGUACGUGACGUGUAUGAUGCACAAGAUCAGGAGCUGUCUAUACAUAUCGCCGCAGAGCCCAAGAUGGAAAAAUCAUGACAGUUGAAGAGACCACCCUUUCAACACUCUUGGAAUUGAUAGUCGACCAUGGAACACCUGCCUGUCGUGGAGCAUCGUCCCCGAAUCCGAGUCAAAUUCAGACGCCACCACCUUUAUGAAUAUGACCAGAGAGGAUUUUCUCGGCUUCCCAAGCCGCGUCGGGGUCGAUGAGAGGAAGUUGCUCGAUUCAGGCGAUCAUGAUUUGGAUGAAGACAGUUUUGCUGCCUUUUUGCAAGCUUGGCUGUAUUGGGGACUUCUCAGUGAGUUUAUGAUAACACCAGGACAAAUCGAGUUCAAUCAUUUCAUGGAACCUGACGGCACAAUCACCACCAAACAACUACUGUCGUGUUUGUUGGGAUGGAAAAAUAGAUUGAGCUAACGGCGGAGCCUGCAGUCGAGCGGCAUCUACAUCAUAAGAUUGAAUAUUGCAGUGAAUCUCGCUAAGUCGGUUAUGCGAGAGUGCUCACGUUUUUCACCCUUUUCAAGCUGGGCCUAUUCGGACCGUUGGCCAUUGAGGCCCGAAGAAAGUAUUGUAUUAGGGGUGCUGGGCGAGACGUUGCAAUGGACUCUUACCGAAGCUCAAAAGGGCUUAGGAAUGUCGAUACCUGGCUGGCUCAUUGACGAUGAGCGAGGCUGGGCAAUAGCCACACUGGAAUAUGGCGACACAGAUGGUCUCUUUCCCUGUCCUAACGGCUACUUCUUUUCCAAUGGGGUGAUGAAGCAAAGCAUCUGCGGACUAUACUACGCGGCUUCAUUAAAUCGCUUUUACCCCAGCGGAUCAUCGGAAUCUCACCAAGACUGCACUCAUGAAGUAUGUUACGAGAAUACGAUCCACGAGACAACCUACGAGACACGCCAUGUGCUGAUUGCACUGGCUCGUGUGCAUUUCUUGAGCCAGACCAAGAAAGGGUGACGCAGAUCGUCAUGGAAGGCAGAAUUCCUCUACUCAGAUACGUGGAGGAUACACAUGGCACGCCAUCACUAGUCGUCACACCACAGUCCCACGGUAUACCGUUUGUCGUCAUCAGUCAUGUUUGGGUGAGACCUUCCUCCUCUCGACCGGCAGAACCCUGAACAACUCGCGUCUGACAAUCAACCUUUAGGCUGAUGGCCUGGGGAAUCCUCGGGGCAAUGCAAUGGUAGCUUGCCAGAUGAAAAGACUACACGAUCUGGUAGAGAAAUUCUCCAAAUUUCAAAAUCAGACCGUGGGGGUUUGGAUCGACUCGAUUUGCGUUCCUAUUGGAGACCGAGAGGCCCGUCGGAAGGCUAUUAGCAUGAUGUUUCGCAUCUAGACCGAAGCCUACGCGACGAUAGUACUUUCUGCAGACCUAACGGACCACGAGGCUGGCACCACGUCCUAUCUCGAACCUGCAAUGCGAAUUACUACUUCGAGUUGGAAGCGUCGUUUAUGGACUUUUCAAGAAGGAGUGAUGAGUCGAGAUCUCUACUUCUUGUUUGCAGAUGGGCUGAAAAACAUCGAAGAUCUCGAGGUGCUUUAUUCGGCGGCAGCGGCUGAAUCUGUGAUUGCCGCUCCUGCAAGAUCAUUCUACACCAAUCUUCUUCGUCCACGUGGCUUCCGCCGCAGAGCCGACGCAGAGUUUGUGAGCUCGGUGUAUCGAGCGGUUCAAUGGAGGACAACAUCCCGCUUGAGUGAUGAGACUUUGGCUUUGGGCCUCAUUCUCAACGUCAACGACGCGAGGCUUGCAGACUUUCAUGGCGAUGAGAGGAUGGAGUUGCUUUUGCGGAAUCUUCCCGAGAUACCAGCAGGUCUCAUUUUUAUGCCUGGGCAGCGACUGAAAAACAGCCCUUUCCGUUGGGCUCCCCGAACCUGGAUGAUAGGUGACAACCCUCGGUAUCCAGAUCCAUUUGUCAAUCCCAUAUCAACGUACCUACCGACCGGCUACUCAAUGACCCUGGCGCAAAGCGUUCUCACAGAUCGAGGAUUGCUAGUUCGCUAUCCCGGGUACCGACUUCGUGGAGCUCGUAGUAUACGGUUCGAUUUCGACUUUCCUACUGACCUUACUCUUCGGCGAUGGUAUCAAGUCAGACGCCUGUUUCCCGGCAUUGUAACGGACUUGACGUUGGAGAAGAAACAGAGCAUAAAGUUGGGAAUCAUAUGUUGUCGGCCGAAUGCUGGGGUUCUCCCCGAAAUAGCAGUUUUGGUGUUUAUCGAAGGCGAGAGCAAUGGCACCCUGCACAGUCGGUGGCUGGAUCUAGUCCGAAUUAAUCUUCUGGAUCAAGAUGAUGAUAUUUUGCGAGCGCAAAAAAGGUUCAUGGCGGAGAAUGCGCAAUGUGUUCCUGGUGAGACAUUGAGUCCUGAGCAGCUCUGGACGGUUGAUUGAUGCCGCAUAUUGGGAGGUUAUUUCUCUCAUCUAUGCGGACGAGAGAAGACCGACAAGGAGGGAUCGAAAAACGGCACCGACAUUAGCGUGAGAUAUAUGCUACCAUAGACAUCGUGGACAAUAUAGAAACAAAGGCAUCAGGCUGGGUAC